CGCCGGGGGGCCGCCCGUACCGCUCCGCGCGCUGCGCCAUUGGCUCGCGUGUUUCAGAUUCACUCCGCCAAUCUGAGAAGCCUCUGUUGUUAUAUGCUUUUCCUCCCUAAAGCAUUACGUAAAGAUUCGAUCGCGCCCGCUCACAGUCUCACGGCCUUUCCGCCGAGCCAAUAACUGACUGGAACAAACAUGUCUGGCAGAGGGAAAACCGGAGGCAAAGCUCGAGCGAAGGCCAAGUCCCGCUCCUCCCGGGCUGGACUCCAGUUCCCGGUGGGCCGAGUUCACAGGCUACUGCGCAAGGGAAACUAUGCGGAGCGCGUCGGUGCCGGGGCUCCGGUGUACCUGGCGGCCGUGCUGGAGUAUCUAACAGCUGAGAUCCUGGAGCUGGCAGGUAACGCGGCCAGGGACAACAAGAAGACCAGGAUCAUCCCCAGGCACCUCCAGUUGGCCGUGCGCAACGACGAGGAGCUUAACAAGCUGCUGGGAGGUGUGACCAUCGCGCAGGGGGGAGUGCUGCCCAACAUCCAGGCUGUCCUCCUCCCCAAGAAGACGGAGAAACCGGCCAAGAGCAAGUAAAAGACAGGCCGCAGAACCUGGUCGUGCUCGUUUUUGGGAUUGACAUUUUCCAAUAGUGGACAGUGUUUGGUGUUGCUGUUUCUACAAUGAAGACAUCAAGUCUCUUUCCAUCGGGGCUGCUCACAGACUGGUUUUCUCUCGUGUAGUCGACUCGUUAAACUCGUGGACGAGAUCCGAUGUUAACAUGGACUUGUUCUGAGGGGAGGGCUUCGUAUUGGUUCGCUCUGCUGCUACCAGACGUUACAGAUGGUUGUGUUGUUUUUGUCAUGUCUCAAUAAAAAGACCCCGCAGCCUCGUGGCAUAGGGCGAGUACAUCCGGUCUGCAUGGAGCCUGUGUACUGUGUCAGCAGUCAGUAGGAGAGAGAACGACAUGCAGCUUGUGCAGAGUUUAAACGGGCAAUGUAAAAUAGAGUACUGGUACUGUUUUUUUUGGUCCCAUAUUAUGAGGGUUUUCUCCAUCACGUGCCUUCUCAUGCUGAAAUUAUGAACGGCAGUCCUUCAAGGAAGCCGUGGCAGAUUGUGAUCAUGUUUCUAUUCAUUGCUACAUAUGAUCCUGUCCUUUGAGAACAAUAGAAUAUCUUGAUCAUUUUGCAGUUGAGCGAGCAUCCCUCUAUUCAUUUCUUUUCCUUCAAGGUACAUUUCUAAAACUGUACUUUACUGUGCCGACCAAACUAAAAUGAGUAGUUUAGUUGAACUGUCAAACAUUCCCAAGGCUGGGCCUCUUUUCUCAUUAGGGUUCUCAUUGCAUUGUUUGUAUUAGUCACACACCCUGAAACUGGGUUUCUUCUAGAUGCAACUCACAGCAUAAAGGGGGAAUUGGAAACAUUAUACUUGGGAAACAUUUAGACAACUUACUACUCAAUUAUUUGAGCUGAUGUAACUUUUUUUUAAACCUUUCUGUCUAUAAUAAAACAGUUCAUAAUCCUC